AUGAUCAAAAGUGAGGAAAAUCCUAAACCUGAUGUUGAAGAUGAUCUUGCGGAUGAGAUCAUAAUCUCCUCCUCCGAAGAAGAAGAAGUAGAAGAAGAAGAAGACGAAGAAGAAGAAGAAGAAGAAGAAGAAGAAGAAGAAAAUAUUGAAGGAUCCUACGAUGAGAACGAUGCAGAUCAUUUUGUCCUAUUGGAAAUCCGAGAUAAUGUUGCUUUAGCCAACUCCAUAGUCGAUAAACUUGAUCUAAAAGUCACAGGCAUUGAUACAAAACUUGAUCAAACUACUGCAAAUUUUGACUCCAAACUCGAGCUCAUCCUCAAAUAUCUUUCCAAGAUCCAAGUUGAUUCUCCCUCAGAACAUGACCGAGUCAAUCGGCUUGACCAGCUCAUUUCCCUUCGUCUCUAG